GGAAGAGCAGUGUGGCACAGGAAAUGAGGAAUCCGAAUCAUUUGUGAGAUUUGGUGAAGUCGAAUCGUAAGACGGUAAAGUCUGUAUAUAUUUUUUUGAACUCAUCCAACGUUCAGUGAAGGUCUGGCGCUUGGGAAGGAUUUAAAUAGUUAUUUUACCCGGUUUCAAUGAUGAAAAUUAGGUAAAGCGUCCCUUCAGUUACGCUACCGUUGGCAAGAAGAGUUCAAAACGGACGAAUCGUUUACGGCUCGCGCAUCAAAAACACAGCGGCUACACCGUCAACACUGCUGGAGUCCUGAGAGGUGAGCGGCCGGUCAGCCAGCCACGUGCAGCUCUCUGCCGCUAUGGAUGCCUGUGCACGUAUUAGAGGAAUCCCCAUAAGGUCCAGGGCCUCAGUCCGGAAAGAGACCGUGCGUGACGGUGGGCCGCAGUGUGUGAAGAGCCUCUUUAGGAACAAGAAGGAGCUGUGCAGCGUUGGCCUGGAUCUGCCAACCAGAGACGCCACGAGGCUGACCGAGAUUCAUUUUGUGUGUCUGCCUGGCCAAUGUGAGGGGGAUGAUGUCACCCAACGGGCUCUGUUUUCUAUGCCCGGAGGGCUGUGUGAGCUUCUGAGGUCCCUCCACGUUCACAGCCUCAAAAAUGACGAGGUUCUGCUGCUCAAAGACUCCCGCAGGCUGGCAGAUCACCGGGACGCGGGGCCUCAGUGUUGUUUAAAGGCCGUGUGUGUGCUGAGGCAUAAUCCCAGCACUAGUGUCUACCCUCAAGCCAGCGUAGCAUCUUUGGUGGGCUUGCUCGGGUGUUACGUGGCAGGCGUCCGCUAUGCUUUGGAGCUCCAGGCUCUGCAGAGGGGCACAGCUGAGCCCAGUCAUCCGGAGGAAGACGACACCAACCAGUCGGUCUCAUCGAUCGAGGAUGACUUUGUCACAGCCCUGGAGCAUCUGGAGGAGGACGACACCGGAGACCAUCCCUCUGCUGCUUCCUAUCUGAAAGGCCCUUUUAGAAAGCGUGAUGUGGCAUCACAGACAGUCCCAGCCCACAAGAGAAAAAAGGAUUUCGCAGGCGCCCGCAUUAUCAUAGGCUCAUCUUCGAAGAAGAAUUUGCAUAGGUCUGGUCCAGAUGUAUCUGUCACAGUGCAGAAGUCAUCAUGCAUAGAAUCUCAAUGGACUUACUGCAGUCCCGGAGCUCGUCUCCCCUCGCCUUUGAAUAAUGUCAGUGAAUCGGAGGAGUCGGACUGCUCCAGCCCCAGCCCAAUCAUUUUCCUGGAUGAGGUGGGCUACCAGAAGAGCCUGCUGGCCAAACUGGACAUCCCCCAGGUUCCAGGGGGGCCCAGAGAGCGAGUUGAAGACUCAGACUCUGAAGUCAGUGAAUUCUUCGACAGCUUUGACCAGUUUGAUGACCUGGAGGAGCUGAGCUCAGACAACUGCACUCUCGCGCUGCCUCUGGAUGCCGUCAGUGCCCCAACCGCAUCCAAAUAUGUUUCUAGGGGCUGCUCAACCAAGGGAAUGAAUCCUCACCGCUUUGACCAGCCCACCCUCCCAGCCAAUGUGAAGAAACCUACACCUCUGAAACCAGGCUCUCCCUACUCACUUCACUCUGAGGUGCCUGACUCCCCUCGACCCGUGCAGAUCCCCUCUGAGGAGAACGGUGGCCCACUCUUUAGUCCCGUCAGCUCCUCAGCCUUCAGCCCCCUGGUGGACUCCAGUGGACCGCUGGCAUACUUCUGGAAGGCAGAUGAGGAUGGACGGGAUAUCUCAGAGCUACGUAAACCCCAGGAUCUCUGCUCUCUGUAUAAGACCUACUCAGACUUUGCGAGCAGUCUCUCCAAAGAAAUUCUAGGAUCUGUGUGUGGCUACCAGUCUGCUGUUGACAUCAGCGACAACAAGAAUCUCAGCUGCGUCUGCCACAAGGAAUUUCAGAACCCAUCGGGCUACCUGAUGAAGCUCUCAGAAAUACAAGAGACCGUAACAGUGGCCACGCUGCAGAAGAAGUCCCAGUCUCUGAAGGACGGCAUUCAGAGGUUUGCCACUGACCUGGUGGAGAUGAGCUUGGGCAGUGCCUUGCGAGACCUCCAAAAAGGUGUAUCCUCCUGUACCACCACCUUGUGUCACCUAGCUGCCAGGCUCACCUCUUCAGUGUUUCAAAUGGCCUUCCAUGAGAUUGGCAUGCGCCAUGCCUAUGUGUUAAAAGAACGAGCAAUCAACGGAUUAGCUGGCUUCCUGGUCGGAGAGGCUGUGUCUGGGGCGCUCAAGGAGUUCCUGACAGUGAAAAAGCAGAUGUUCCACAACACUGUGACACAAUUUGCAGCUGAUCUGGCUGAAGAGUUGGUGUUUGAGGGCAUUAUGGAAGUGUGUCAGUUCUCCCACCCCUCGACCCCUCUCACCCCGAGUGAUUGGUCCUUUGGCCGCGGGCAAGAGGAGGAAGAGGAAGAGGAGGAGGAGGUGGUUUCCUCCUAUGCUUCAGACUUGUCUGAGUCAGUUAUCCAAGAGGCCUUCAUAGAGCUGUCUCAGGCUGAUAUUGCCUUCACUAGCCAAGCGGCUAUUAGUGUGUCUCUGGACAACAUCUGUUACGUCAGUGCAGAGAACGGUAGCGCUCAAACCUGCAGUACCUUUGCUAACCAGCAGGUUUUAAGUGCCAGCUCAGCUGCAGCGGUUCCUGGGCCCUCAGGAGAGGAUGCUACCUGCACGGUGAAGAAAGCCCUGUUUACUGUAUCCGGCAUGGCCAGCUGUAUUCCUGUGCCCCAAGCAGGCCAAGCCCUCUCCCACCUCCAGGAUUCUGAGGAGAGCUGUCCUGUGUCUAGCUUGUCGGAUGUCCCACAGGCCAGCCCCCAAAUAGUAACUGUAUCCUCCGCCGACACCACCACAUCUACCCAAACUUGCCUUUACAGUCAUGGAACGCAGACCCCCACACCUGGAGAAGACCCCUCCCAAGGAAAGUCUCCAUUCCAAAACUUCUCUGGCAACAUGGUGGAUAUGAUAGUAACUGAGGCUUGUGAGCUAAUAACUGCAUCUAAGAUGAAGAAGAGUUUUGGUGACUGUGCUGAUUUCUUCACAAAGACGAUCAGAAGCAGAAGGGACUCUUCUUCUAAACAAGACGCGUUUAAUUAUGAGGCUCCAGAUUCCCCUUCAAAGCAGGCAGCUGGCUUCAGAUAUGACCCAGCAACAGACCAAAGCAUUCCUCACAUUUCUUUUCAGGCAGGCUCUCAUAGACAGGGGAGACCCAGCUGUGAGGUAGACCCCAGGACCAGAGGAGUGGCUGAAAUACAUCCUGUGAUGAUGGAUGCUCUUGAUGUGCCGGGUACCGAGAUGAGUGGACAAAGGAGGAUAUCUGUUCCUGGGGAUGACUCGGCUCCAAACUCCGGGCAAAAAUCUGGUGGGACUCCUGGCACUCCCCCUUCUACCCCUCAGCAGCCCAGUGAGGUGUCCAAGGAGAAACAGAUAAAACGGUUCUCCAAGAAGCUGAAAAGCAAGCUGGCUAAGGAAUUUUCCCCUGCUACCCCCCCACCCACUCCUCACUAUCAGCCUGAGCCCGGCCCAGGGCCAAAAGACGUAACCCCCGAGGCAGACAAGGCUGAGUUUAUGCUCAAACUGAUGAGGUCUCUCUCUGAGGAGGCAGACGGCAAUGAGGAUGAAGAGGAGGACGAGUUGGCAGAAGAGGGCCGUGUUGGUGGCACUAACAGAUGUUUAGAGUCGGUGGGUGGUCGGCAUGAAGUGAACCAGAUGUCCGCUCGCAGAAUGUCCAACAAGGAAGCUCUCCACUAUGCUGAGCGGUUGGCUUGCCACAUUGUCUCCAUGGCCACAGAGAUGGACACCCUGGGAGUGGCAGAGGAGGAGGAGGAGGAGGAGGAGGGAGAGGUGAGCAAGGGCGGCGAGAAGAGGAGAGACAGCGUGGCUCAGUUCUCAGAGCAGACCCUGAACACCUUGUGGGUCUAUGCCGGGGAGGUGGCUGGAGAGGUCAUCAAUGAUGUGAAGAGGAUGGUGAGCUCUGCACAGCAGUGUCCAUACCACAGAAGAAGAAGCUUUGACAGAUCUGGUUCUGAAUGCUUGCAUCACCACCACCAACACCCGUCUCAACCCAUUACAGACCAGAACAGAGACUGGAGGGUAGGGAGGCUGGCUGAGCAAUGGUCUAAUGACCUGAUAGCCUCCGUCUUCCGGUCUCCCACCUCCACUUCAAGCACCAUCUCCAGCUCCAGCUCGGGCCUGUCCUCUGAGUAUCCUAGCUGUGAGAGCGUGACAGAUGAAUAUGCUGGCUACCUCAUCAGGGUGCUGAAAAAAGAGGGAGGCAAUAGGGAGUUGGUCCUGGACCAGUAUGCGAGCCGCUUGGCCUACCGCUCCAUAAAACUGGGCUUGGCUCAUGCCAGUCGCAAGAUCAAGCAUAGAUCCUCCAGCACCCGCCUUUACUCGUCCAAGUCGCUGCCAGAUGAAUGGAAAGCCUCUGGUUGUGAAGCAGCCCAGCCCAAGGACAGAGCAGAGUCAGUGGUUUGUCCCUCAGGCAAGGAUGCUCAGUGUAGUUGCAAGGACUCUGAAGAGCAGAGUCGGAGGGAGUACAUGGAUCUGGUCAACUUCGCAGAGUCUUUAGCCUACAACAUCACCUGCGAUGUGACACGCAAGCUGCAUCUUUCCUCUGCACGACUGCCCAAGUCUCUCACUGACUCCUGUCUGUACAAGAAAUCCAAACUGGAAGACAUGGCAGAGAGUCUCAUCAGGAACUCCUUCUCUUGCCCCCUGUUGUCAAACGAGGGUAAGAGCAGGCAUUACCACAGUACAGGAAGCCUGAAUGAUGAUGGAGGCUACAGGAGUCGGGUGAUGCAGGUCGUCGAGCAUUAUGCCAGGAAAAUAGUUGAUGACACUCUGAAGAUGAGCCUCUCGUCAGUUGGACAUUCAUCCCGGGAGCACCAGAGGACCCAAGGCCAGGACAGACACUCUCACACCCAGAGGUUGUCUGAGGGGCCAUCACUGGGUCUCGCAAUGGUGGAGAGGACAUGCCGGUAUUGUCAGGUCCAGGAGUGCCCGUACUGCACCAAACCCAGCAGGCACCACCACCAGCCCGUAUCACAGAGGAGCAGAAGGGGCCCGGAAUCUCAGGCAAGGCCUGAGCGGCUUUCUAGCCUGGAGAUUCCCAAGAUCCACAUUAACCGGGACCACAGGGCGGUGUUUGCAGAAGAGAUGGUGUCCAUGGCAAUUAACACCGCUAAACGUGAGCUGAGCAACACCAGCCUCAAUGCUGACAGCGGCAUCGGCCAUGAUGGAACCAGCUACGCCGAGAGCCUAACUGCUGAAAUCAUGACGUCGGCCCUGUCCAACAUCUGCCAGACCGGCAACAUCAGCUUCCCAGGUAGGGAAGCCACUGAGUCCUCUGUGUCCCAGCAGCUGAGUGUAGGAGACGACAGUCUGGGCAGCUGGUCCAACCUGAGCUUUGAGGAUGAGCACCUAGACGACAACAGCAGCUUCCUCCACCUCAGUGACAGCAAUGGGAACAGCAGUAGCUGGAGCAGUCUGGGCCUGGAGGGGGAGGCGUGUGAGGAGCGCAUGUCGUUCUCUCCCUCUGACAGUGACCAUACGGAGGACAGGGAGGCCGAGGUCAAAGAGGAAUCCAGCGGGACUCUCUGCGUGGACAGGACUCAGGUGCAGGCUCCCAGGACCGCGCUGUUCGUAGUGAACUCGGAUGUCAGGGAGUUCGGGCGCGGCCCUCAACACGUGGCCCUCGACCCCCAGCUCAGGAGCAUGCUGCAGUGGGUGGCGGCCUCCAUGGCCGACAUCCCCCAGGUCCAGCUGGGUCCCGACAGAGAGCUCCAGCAGCUCGCAGCGGUGGUCCAAAGGCUUCGGGAGAAGAAGUGGAGGGUGGGAGAGCUGCUGCACACGCUGCUGCGCUACUGCGAAGAGGGCCAGACGCACGGUCAGCCGCCGGCCAGAGACGAGACACCGCAGCCGGGCAGGGAACCUCACCGCAUCCCCCUCUUCCAGUGGCUCCUGGAGCACGCCUAGGUCCUCAUCUCCUCUCCUCUCUCCUCAGUUCCUAACAGGGCUUUGCAAAACUCCACUGCCCCUAGAGGGCGCCAUACAAAUCAACUAAUCUAUCUUUCUCUGAUGAAUGUGGGCGGCGUGUGUUUUGCAUUGCAUGCAGUGACCAACAGUACCUCUGUCGUGAUUUACUUUUCUUUCCGCCCUCUGAUUAUGUUGUUGGAGAUUCAUUGUUUAACGAGCUGUCUCUCCCGCUCACCUUCACGUCUGAAUUGAAGCCCUCACACCUCGCUGCCAUUAUGCUUGAGCUAAAAAAUAAAGGUAGAAGCAAAAGAAAGAGAGAGAGAGAGAGUUAGACACUUCCCAUCUAUUCCAGACAGAAGUGCAGUGAGUUGAGAGAAAGAGAAUGUGUGUUUUUUUGUUUUUUUUUUUGUUAGGGAAUCCCCAUAGCUGCUGGUCAGAUGAUGUCAUCACACCCUCAGCUCACCUCUGUGGUGUUUCCACAUGUUAAGAGACCAACUGUGCGCUCACACACUCUCACACACAUGCCACACCCUUGUAUUAUCAGAGGGAACCCGAGAUACACCAACAAUCAUCCUCAGUAGUGUUCCAUUGUGAUUCAGUCGGCUUUAGUGGCGUUUUCUUCUCCGAAGUUAAAUGUCGAUAACGUGACUCGUCACAUUUGACUGAUGAUGCUGCCAUACAUACAGAUUGACGAGGCGUUGUUCAAUUUGCAAAAACCCAUAUCUUCAGUAAAUUGUGCCACACUGUCGUCAUGCGCUGAUGAUCAAAUGGGCCGUUCACUUGGCGCUUGAAUGAUAAUUAGCACUUGCUGAAGCUGCCUCUUGCCAUUAUCGGUAUUCCUGUUGUAUCUAAUAUCUGUAACGCUGCUUGCCGAGCCUCAAUCUCCUUGGUUGUCAAACUUAGUAAAAAUACUUGGAGUGGAUGAUGAUUACUGUGACGGUUGGUAUCAAAAAGUAUCUAUUUUUUUGAAGGUAGAGUGUGUCUAGUCAAACAUGAAACGCUGCUCAAAGCUAUGAAGAAGAAAAUGAAAAAUGAAAGCCAUGAUGUUGGCUUAAUGUUGCCAAACGUAGCUUACAGGGUGGCUCGCCUCCCCUCCAGUCAGUAGUAAGUGAGUGAUCCACCCCCGGUCAGCUGUGGCCCCACGUCCAGCUCCAGGGAAGAUCCAGUGACGCAGACGGUCGAUCUUUUAGUAAUUAAAGACACUCCUCUGGUCUGCACCUCCAGAACCACAAACUAACAGCAUGUGCGUAGCUCAAGCUUGGAAUGAGGAACUCGGGUACCAAAACUACAGCACUAACUCAUCUAACACGCACACACUUGUUACUCACCAGCCUCCCCAUACGUGUGCCUCCUCACGCACAGCACUACUAGCUGAGAUGCACUUUUUCUUUUUUUUUUCCGGAGAGACCGGGCAUUUCCAGCCCUGCCCUCAGCCCUCUCCUGGCGCCCCUCUGUGAAUUUACUCCCGGCAUGUCUGUAAGCGUACAUGCACAGAACUCCCUCCUCAAAGAGAGACCAUUGGGAUGCAUUUUCAUGGUUGCUAUUUAUUUAUUCUUAUCUUGAAUGAAGGACCCAAGGAUGACGCGACGCUUCGAGGUUCCUCAAAUUUAUUAUCAGGACUUUCCCCUCUUGAGUUUGAAUCACUGUAAUAUAGCACAUUCUUCUUCUGUUAUUCUAAACUAAGUGUUGUUGGUGGUGCUCACACCUGCAUGGCUGAAUCUUCAUUGGCUUUUGCAGCUGAGCGUUCUUUAUGUAUUAGCUUAACUGAGCUGCAGCGAUCGCUCCGUGUUCCACACUGCCUCGCGUUACGCUCCGGGCCCUCUGCAGGCCCGUUGCUGCUUAAUCUGCAGGCUGCCAAACGGUCGUAUAAUCUUAAAGGUGUUUGUCCUGUAUGAUUUGUUUACAUGCAAAAAUGAUUAUAUCACAAAAUCCACUAUUUUUAAAAAGUGAUCCCUACUGUUAAUGAUGACAGUGGAAAAGAAGAGUCAAGUAUUAACCUGAGAAGUGCGAGUGCAUAUAUCUUGGUUUACAUGAAAGGAAUGUAUUAAGAGUCGUCACCUGACAUGAAGAGAGCGCAUCACAGUGGACAGAUUCUCUCCCAGUGUGAAUGUGUCGUUGUUGAAGUAGGACUGUCCCGGGUUAUUUCUCAUUGUUCAGCCCCCUCUCUUUUUUCUUUCUUUGGUCUACUUUACCUUCCUGUGCAUCCCACAUGACCGAUAGCUCUAUAUUGUUGUGUUUGUGAAAGCUGAAUGUUUACUUGCAAAAGACUCUAUUUAGAAGCAGACGCUGUCGAUCUGUUUUUGCUCCUGUCGUUCCCAGUGUUACUUUCUGACCACAGGCGGGAGAAUAAGACAAAUAAGAAAUGAAAAGAGAGAAGUACCUCGCCUCCACUCACUCCUGUAUUGUUCCCGCUCCCUUGUACAACCCUGCCAAAUGAAGAUAUUUAAUAAGUUAUGUAAGUUAUAUAUCAGUGAGUUCACUCCUUGUUCUCCUUGAUGAAUAGUUUACACAUUCUGAGCUUGAAGUCAAAAACUCUAAAUUUGUUAAUGUUGAAGCUUGGUGUGACAAUAAAGCUUUUUUCAUCUGCUCUUA